GCCCUGGCAGCGGACACCCAUGUGUGGGUUCGGUCUCCUGCGGGUCCCGCCGCUGCUGUUCCUGCUGCACCGGCUCGGGACCGGAAACACCUUGUUCUGCCUCCAAGCCCAGACCAUGAACCCGGGGGGCAGCGGCGGGGCGGGGUGCGCCCCGUCGGCGGAGGGACGCCGCCCUCGGUGUCUUCGGCUGUCCAGCGUGCCCGGAGCGGACCCGCAGCGCGGCAACGACCUGCUGCUGCUGGCGGCGGCGGGGGAGGGACCGGAGCCGCGGGGCCUCCCGGUGGACCUGGCCGCCGAGGAGCCGCCGCCGCCGCCGGCGCCCCAGCAUCACGUCCUUUAUUUCCCUGGGGAUGUGCAGAAUUACCAUGAAAUUAUGACUCGUCAUCCUGAGAAUUAUCAAUGGGAAAACUGGAGUCUAGAAAACGUUGCCACCAUUUUAGCUCAUCGGUUCCCCAAUAGUUAUAUUUGGGUGAUAAAGUGCUCCCGGAUGCAUUUGCACAAAUUCAGCUGUUAUGACAACUUUGUGAAAAGCAACAUGUUUGGUGCCCCAGAACAUAAUACUGACUUUGGAGCUUUUAAGCACCUUUAUAUGUUGUUAGUUAAUGCUUUUAACUUAAGUCAGAAUGGUUUGUUGAAGAAUGUGAAUGUUUGGAAUAAGGACUCCAAAGCAUCUGACUAUAGAUCAAAUUCUUCUAGUAAUGGUUGCCAGGUAGAAAAAGAGAGGACCUGUAAAAGAUCUGAUGAGUCAACCACAAGUGAUGGUGAAUAUCCACCAUCACUAAAAGUGAUUCAGACACUUCUCAUCGGCAGCACCAUCAGUGGUUUGUCAACCCUGUGAUAUAUGAAUUGUUUUAAUGAAAACAUGCUUCAUAAGUUGUUUAAUUUACUUACGACCUAGUUUGAUUCCCACUAGCCAAAUAAAAAUCUUCGGUAGACCAAUUCUGUUUUACUUCCAAGUUUUCUACAUGAUUUUUAGAUUUGAACUAUUUUUCUUACUGGUUAAGGAAAAAAAAAACCCAAGUUUAUUAAAGCUUACUAUAAACACUAUGCAAAGAAAAAGGGUAUUGUCUUUUUCCUUUCUGAAGUAAAAGGAUCACUGAAGUUCUUAUAAGAAUUAGAUUUUCCACCUCUAUUGAUCUCAGUAACUUAGCAUCUCUUAAGAUUCUUAGGAAAGUUAGAAUAUUUUAUAUGCUUUUUCCUGUUUGUGUACUAUAUUUUUUAUGCCUGAAACUAAUUCAUCUCUAAAUACAGAACAUGAGUAAAUGGAUUAUCUUCAGUAGAGAAAAUUAUUUAUUCCAUUAUUAGGAUGUACCAAGUCAAUGUAUAUAACUUUAGAUGGGAACAUUUGUAUUCAGUAAAUAUAUUUGGUCUUUACUUACUGUAACACAAAACAAUAAUAUAUACAAUGGGGUUCCUUGUCUUCAAAGACAAUACUAAGAUCUCUUUUAAAACAAUAUUUCAUUU